AUGAAAGACAUUAAAAAGCUAAACAUGAAUGUAGAUAUAGAUGUAAUAUAUUUUUAUAGAAACAUUAGAGAAUAUUAUAAAGAAGAUAAAGAUGUAUUUAAUAGUGUGGAAAAGAUAAAGAGGUUGUCAUCGGAGAGUGUUUCUAAAUGUUUGUAUAUAAUAGCUAAACAAAUUAGGUAUGAGAUGGAAGGGAUUGAAUAUGAUGAUGAAUUAAAAAGUAUAUUAACAAAAUCUAAUAAAAAAACAAGUGAUUCUUUUUAUAUUAAACACUUUGAUAAAUUAAUUAAACCUCUAAUUAAAGAAAACAUGUCUUCAUUAAUAGAGUUGAUAAAAAAUAUUUACAAAAAGUAUAAAAUUAAUCAUUUUAAUUUGUUAUUGGAAUUAAUUGAUAAAAAUGAUAAGAAAACAUUUUUGUAUGUUAGAAUAGAAAAGUUACUAGCAGAAGGUAAAUCUGUUAAAAAUGAUAAAGAUAAUGUGAUUACCAAAGAUAUUUUGAUAAAAGAUUUAUUAACUAAUUUAUCAUUGGAUAAUGAAGAGGAAGAUUUAAUAGAUACUUUUAUAAAGCAUUUUAAUGAGCAUGAUAAUGAAUGUUUAGAGUAUUUAUUUAAAUUGAUUGAAUUUAGAUUUGAUACUAAAUUGUUUGUAUUGUUAAUCAAAUUAAUUCCAUCUAAAUCAUUUUUUGGUGUAUCAAAUGAUUAUAAUUUACCAUUUUAUUUUUAUAAAUAUAUAACUAUAAAUGAUUUAUGGUGUACUAUUAUUAAAGAAAAUAUGAUUAUAAAUAGUUAUGUUAUCAAAUACUAUUUAGAAUAUUUUUACUAUUAUGAAUUCCAUUCUAUUCAUGCAGUUAAAAUAUUUAAAAAAAUAAUUCUAUAUUUGGAAACAAAUAAUAUCAAUAAGAAAUAUAUUCAUCAUAUAUUAAAUAGUAUUUUAAGAAAUAAAAGUAAAAUAAUACAUAAGUUAAUAUUAACAUUACUUAAAGAUGUUAUACCUUUAUUAUUAGAUGAUGACUUAGAUAAUGAUUUAAAUAAAGAAUUAAAUGAAUUUAUAGAAAAUAAUAAAGAUUUCAUCAUAAUAGAUAAAGAUAAAUUACAUAAAAGUAUAAUUAAUGAAUUUAAACCAGACAAUGAAGGAUAUGAUCGUAGUAAAUAUAUUAAACAUAAAGAUAUAGCCAAUGAUGAAAAUCUUAUAUUUAAAGAUACAAUUAGAUUUACUUGUACUGAUACAAAAGAUAUUCCAAUGAGUUUUUUUAAAGAGGAUUUUAAUAGAAUUGAAAAGUUAAAACAAUUUGAUAGACUUUGUUCAAUUGUAAUGCUUAAUGAAUUUCAUAAACAACAUGACAAUAAAGAAUAUUCAGUUAAUGAACUCAUUAAAACAUUAAUAUUAAAAAGUGUCAGUAGUAAAGAAUUAGUAUUGUCGGUUUUAGUUAAUAAUUGGAAUAAAUUUGAUAAAGAAUUUAUAACAACAACUGCAAUGAAAAUAAUUAAUGAGGAAGAUAACACACUAGAUUGGAGAUACAAAUCUUUAAUUAUUAAUAAUUAUGAAAAAUUGAAUUUAGAUAAAGAGUUAGUUAUAGAAACUUUUAAAGAUGAUAAAAUAUUCUAUAUUAGGAAAUUAAUUGAAAAUUUAAAAUAA